UUCUUUCUCUUUCUUUUUCUUGCGGUGGUAUGGUGGCGCACUAUACAUUCCACGAGGGACCAUCAAGAUAAGGAAGAAGAACACGACCGUUGUACAGCCCAGUACUCGGAGCCACUCACGCCAAGAUGCUUCUCGUCAUGCUGCUCACUGCUGUGUUGGCCUGCCUCACAUCUCUCUUCAUCGAAGGAGGGUAUGCGCAGAAGCGUCAGAGGGUCCCGCCGAGCUGGAUCAAAAACUACGACGACGAGAAGGUCCACAGCUACACCUUUGGGAUGUACUACAUCGAGCCGAAUUCUUUCAAGAUCGGUACCAUGGCCAAUGGCGAAGUGACGUACCUGUGCAUGGUGCCGCUGGAGUUCGUGAACAACGAGACCCUGCUGGCGAACAAGAGAUACCGCGAGGUGACCCACAUGCCUGGCUACAGCUCUCUGGAAAGUGGGCUCUGCCGCGCCUUCUUCCUGGGUCCCAGCCUGGUCUUCCCGACGCGCACCAUCGUCACAGCGUCCGUAUUCCGCCACAUGAUCUCCACGGGCGUCUAUUCGUACCAUUGGGAGCCUCUGCCAGCCGACGUGACGAAGAACCAGCUCGUGAAGUUCGAAAAUUUUGAACAAUACUUCGUCCACAAUAACCCGAAAUUGCAGUGGGGCAAAGUCGAUUACGCCGUGGUCGUGGCCCGAAUCAAGUACAACAACAACCACCUGCCGGGCCUGCAGAUCUACAACGACACUCUGCAAAGGAGCGACACCUUUUACGUUCUCCUGGACGGCAAAGUAUUUGCCAUAAAAGACAGCAACGCCUUCUACGCCGUCCGCAAGGCCCACUCGGGAGAAGGCUAGGUGAUUUUUAGUUAGACGGCGCAUCUCGAAUGGCCGACAACGCAUUGACUUUUAUGCACGACCCAAACACAGCGUGGCGCCUUUGUGUUUUCACUAGCUCUAAUAAUAACCGUUCGGGAUAACGCCUUCAAAACAGUGAUGCGCUCCCACUCUUGUGCCCAGCACAGAACGGGGGAUGCGGUGAUUUGAAUUGAAGCGAUUUACAAUCCCCUUAUAAGGUCUUCAUAAUUAUUCAGGUGUUUUUUGUUGACUUUC